AGCAAAAACACACUCUCAGGUUUUGUUUCGACUCUGAUCCUGAUCCAGUUUUUGUGUCAUGUAAUACAUCCAUGACUGUGCUUGAUGCCCUUAAUACAAGCGACACUUUCAGGGUGAAUAAGAAUGUAAAUGACAUGAAGAAAGAAAUAGUCAUCCUGAGAGCUGACGGAGCUGCUGUGAAGACAGAUUUCCCCUGCUGUCUUAUUGAAAAAGAUGAGAUCAUAACAAUAACCUUCAUCACAAAGAAAAAAAAGGCUUGUGCAAUGCAGGAGACACAAGAAAGACCUUUUUCUUCCGGGACGGACCUAGUCACAUUUUACAUUAAAACGACAGGAAAGGAGAAUAUGAUAUACACAAUGAAAAAUAAUGAACUGAGAAACACUGCUGAUUAUGUUUGUGUUUAUGCAUUCAAAGGAGAGGAGGUCGAAACUGCUCUUAAGCGUGAUGGACGAUUCACUGAUAAAACUUUCCAGAAACUCUGUGUCCUCUCCCUGGAGUCUAAGGGUAGAGCAAAGAGGGUUCAAUCAAGCUUCAGCUGCUGAUUCAGCACAAGAUGACCCAGGUCAGCAUCCCAUCUCCACUGAGCAAAAAACAAUUCAAGAGAGAGAGACAGAUUCUGCAGGUCCUUCAGCUAUAGGGCCAGCAACACAGAAUACUUCUGGAAUUUUUUCUAGUGAUUCUGGAAAUUCUUUCUCCAUUCACAUUGAGAACUUUCUCAAGUCUCUGUGUGAAGAUGUACUGAAAAAGCUAAAACGGCGAAAGAACCCCCAAGUUCAAAGGUUCAUCCAAAAAGAAUAUGACAAAGGUGUUCAAUGUUUCACUGAGGUGAACAAAGUGAGGCAGAUUAUGACACUCUCCGAUUCUGUGUGUUUGAUUAAAGUUGAGAAUUCUGCUAAAGGAACCGGCUUCUUAGUCUUUGACAGAUUCAUCCUCACUAAUGCUCAUGUAGUUAAGGACUGUGUUUAUUCCUCACCAGAGCAUCCUCACACAAUUAAACUUUCAAAGACUCUGACGGCUGUAUUUAAUUAUGAAGUUUCUGGAUCUGAUGCAAAAGUUCUGUCAAUAAAAGAUGACGUUGUUGCUUAUGGUUAUGAAACGAAUGACAGGCUCAGAUUCCAUGAUUUUGCUCUUCUUGAACUGGAAGCUGCACCUGAUGACUGUACUGAAUUGUUUGAACGCUAUAAGCAUGUCUCCCCUCCUAACCGUGGUGGGAUCUACAUUUUGGGACACCCAAAUGGUGAGGUUAAGAAGAUGGACCCUUGCUUCAUCAUUGGGAGUGAGAAGCAACCACAGAGUAUAAAUAAACACAUAUCUGAGAAUGUUUCCUGUCCAUAUGUAUCAUGGCACUGUUGGCCGUAUCUACAUCAGAACCGGAUUACCUAUGACUCUUGUUUCUAUCAUGGAUCUUCUGGCUCUCCAGUGUUUGAUGAACACUGCUGUCUGAUUGGUAUGCAUUCUGGUGGCUUUGAUUACGAAGAAGGUGAGAAAACUAGGAGUGUUAUAGAAUAUUCCUAUUCCAUGCCAUCCAUCAUAGAUGCUAUUGUCACACAAGUCAAGACAAGAAGUGACAUUUUAAAAUUGCUCUCUAAAUUUAAAUCUAUACAUGAACAUUUUGGCCUCAGGCCCCUAAAGGAUACAUGUGGAGCAAACAUGCCCGUAAAUGAAGAACAGCUGAGUGAGAAAGUUGAAGAAAUGGAAGUAGAUUAAUGAAACAGCGGGUCCUUGAGUCCUGAUUGAAGUCCCACACAUUUCUGUAACUAUCCGGGAAAUGUCUGAUAGAGAUUUGUCUAUUAUGGAUUUUUAUUUUCAUAUUUCAUUUAUUAUUCUAGAUUGAAGAUUGUUGAUUUUAAAUCAUUUAAAAUAAUGUUUCUUGAUGAGAAUAAAUCCAUA